GAGGCAAGAGUGGAGGGAGCUGAGGUGGAUGGGAGCCAACCAGUUCCAGAAAUGGAGAUUCAUCCAGUUCCCUCUGACGAUGAAGAGCCUCCUCUGCCAGACGAGCAGCAGCCAAGACAGCCACCUCUUCCAGCUGAAGAAGAGCCAGUGGAACUACCUCCUCCAGCAGAGAAUUAAUUUUGUUUGUUUUUUGAUUUUUUUUUUUUUUAUAAAGACAUGUAAUUAGUUUGUAGUACUUAUAUUUUCUUAAUGAAAGUUCAUUUUUGAA